AUGACCAUCCCUACCGGACGCUAUUUCAUUCAAAACGUUCGCAGCAAGAACCAGCUGCAAUUGCCGGACCCCAACGAUGGCUCUGCAGUGCAAGCCACAUCUGAGGACUCCACGGGAACACUUCCACUGAAGUGGAAUGUUGUCCAACUCGGUAAUGGCAAAUACACCAUUCAGAAUCAAACUCAUGCAUCGUAUGCCAAUUGCGGUUUCCGUGCGUCUCAGGGCGACGAAGUUGCUGGCCGGAACGGGCAGCAACAAUUUAUAAUCCAAGAAACCAGGGUUAGGGGACAUUACACAAUAUCGCCAUCUGAUGCCCAACUAUGCUGGGGCCUGCCGGAUGAUGAGCUAGGCACGCCGGUAACUCUUGCAUCGGCCUACACUGAUUCUCGCAACCAUUGGCAAUUUAUCAGAGCUUGA